CGUUGAUAUUGUUUUAUAGCGAUUAGGGUUUGCAGUGAUCUGUGUUUCUCGCAGGAACGACACAGAUUAGGUCGCCGAAGUUCUCGUGCAGCAGAAGCAAUGGUGAAGGGGCGGCAAGGAGAACGCGUCAGGCUCUAUGUCCGUGGAACAAUCCUUGGAUACAAGAGGUCGAAGUCGAAUCAGUAUCCGAACACGUCCUUGAUACAGAUAGAGGGAGUGAAUACGCAGGAGGAAGUGGCGUGGUACCAAGGGAAACGAAUGGCGUACAUUUACAAGGCUAAGGUUAAGAAGAAUGGAUCUCACUACCGCUGCAUAUGGGGAAAGGUCACACGCCCUCACGGAAACAGUGGCGUCGUUCGUGCUAAGUUCAAGUCUAAUCUCCCUCCUAAAUCCAUGGGCAAUAGAGUGAGGGUUUUCAUGUACCCGAGCAGCAUUUGAGGGAAUCGGUCUAUGGUGAAAAAGUAAGUGAACAUGCUCUUUGUCUAUGGUGCUAUUUGGAAAUUGUGUUGCGGGAAAGAAACUUUGUGAUGAUUCCCAUAUGUGUUCUUCAGUUUAUUUUUUCAAUAACCUGUUGGCUUUUUGAAAUGGAUGCACAUGAAAAAUUAAAUGCAAGAAUGCGGAUUUUAUAUCUAUCCGGUGUGGAAUGAAUGAAGAUUACCCAGAUUCGAAAUGGUAGUUCACUUGUUUUAGAGAAUGUAUUUGUAUUGCACAAGUUGUUUCUUGUGAAUGCUUAUUUGAUUAAAUUGGUGUUCUAUGUGGACCUGCCAUUAAAUGAAGUAUUACUUUGUUA